GGGGAAUAAGCCAAAUAGACAAUUCAAAAAUAUUAGUGAUGCUGCAAUGGAGGCAAGCCGUAGGCUCAACUCAAGAAAGGGAAGAGUGAAAUGGAUUAUUCCUAUGUCUCGGAUGCAAGUUGGGAGUUAUGAAUGUGGUUAUUAUGUGAUGUUGCAUAUGUUGAAUAUCGUUUCGGCGGUAAUUCUUGAAAUGUGGGAUGAGCGAUUCGCCAAUCCGGAACCAUUCUCAUCAGAAGAGAUUGAUGAAGUACGAACUCGUUGGGCAUCAUAUUUCUUAGAAAUGACGCAAUCCAUCAACGACACAUGAUGAACGUGUUUGUUUAAGUUUUUGAGUGAUGAUGAGACUUGUAACUUUAUACAAUGUGUUAUUACU